AUGCGGCUGUUUUACUUCAUUUCUUUUUAAGUUACUUUAGCGAAAUUAUGCCCUGAAAUAUGUUUUUUGAAACAUAUUUAUGUGAUUUUUAUGUCGUUUGGGCAAUUUUACCUAGUAUUUUAAUGAUUUUUUUUAUAAUAAAAAUCCUACAUUGGGUAUUAACUGACACAAGUAUUGCAGUUCCAAAUAGUUCAAAACAUAGUUGGAAAAAUAUUGGAUGGUUAGAAAAACCAUGUUACUGUUCAAUAUGCGAAUCUCUUAUGAUGAAUGCUGCGGGAUUGUUUUGCGAUUGUUGUGGAGUUUGUGUGGAUCAACCGUGUGUUAAAAAAGCGGAUCGUAAAUUAUCUUGUAAAAAGAUAAAAAUUGAUAAUGAAGUUCUGUCACAUCAUUGGGUAAAAGGUAAUUUAUCAAAUGGAGCGCAGUGUGUAAUUUGUCAAGAAGAAUGUAACUUUGAAUUUGGUUUAAGUGAUUACCAGUGUUGUUGGUGUCAACGGACUGUCCACAGUAGAUGCAAGAGCUCAGUCCAAAAUGAUUGUGAUUUGGGUAUGUGGCGACAAUUUAUAAUUCCACCAUGGAGCGUGCGUGUAUCUGGGCGACAUAAAAGUAUGCGACGUCAUCAGCAUGUACAAUCUGUUUCACAUCCGGGAUGGAAUGAUUGGACGCCUCUUAUUAUAAUUGGUAACAGAAAGUCGGGGAAUGGGGAUUGUGAUCGAAUUCUGUCUUUAUUCAGACAUAUUUUAAACCCGUGUCAAGUAAUUGAUUUAGAUGAAAAACCACCAAUUGUCGCCCUUCAAUGGGUGCCAAUUUUAAACAAAGCAUUGCAUCAAGGUGAUGUUGUUUCAUCUGAACGAGAAUCCAAUUUAGAAGAUAAAAAUUGUAAGAUAAAAAUUUCGUGUCGAUUAUUGGUAGCUGGUGGGGAUGGAACUGUAGCUUGGAUACUGAAUAUUAUUCAUAACAUGGGAUUAGAGCCUCCACCUGCAGUUGGAAUUUUACCGUUAGGAACUGGAAAUGAUUUGUCAAGAGUGUUCGGAUGGGGUAAAGCAACUACAGCGAAUCUUGAUACUUCGAUAAUAUUAAAUCAACUUAUAAAUUCAGUGCCAACGUACUUAGAUAGAUGGAGUGUUCAAAUUAGAUCUUUUCGCCAUUUAGGAAUAAGGUUACCAACAAAAGCACUAUUUAUGUACAAUUACUUCAGCGUUGGUGUUGAUGCUCAGGUCACUUUAGAUUUUCAUCGCACUCGAGAGAGUUGCCUGUACUUAUUUAGCAGUAGACUAUUUAACAAAUUAUUGUAUUUACUAUUUGGAACUCAUCAAGCAUUAGCUGCAAAUUGCCAAAAUAUUCAAGAUCGCCUAGAAUUGUUCAUGGAUGGCAAACUUGUUGAAUUACCGUCCAUUGAAUCAAUUGUUGUUUUGAAUAUACCUUCAUGGGGUGCAGGUGUACCAUUAUGGUCAAUGGGUGCAAAUGGUGACGUACCUAAACAAUCUGUCAAUGAUGGAAUGCUAGAAGUUGUUGCAAUAUAUUCCUCAUUUCAUAUAGCACAACUUCAAGUGGGCCUAUCACAACCACAUCGACUAGGACAAGCAAAAGUUGUAGAGAUUAAAAUUAAAGGUACAUCUCCAGUUCAAUGUGAUGGAGAACCAUGGGAACAGCAUCCUGCACAUAUUACAAUUACUCAUAAUGAUCAAGCAUUAAUGUUAAGAAAAGAAUAAUUUUCCAAACAAAAUAUUGUGGGUAUUUGAAAAUAUUUAA